CUUUCUAUUUCUCUCUCAAUUCUAGUGAUAAAAAAUGGUGAGUGCUACUUGUAAAAACUUGGCAACAAUUGUGUUGAUCAUGUGGUGUUGUGUGACAUGGGGAUCAGCAACAGUUUACACUGUUGGUGAUUCAAAUGGAUGGAACACAGGAGUUGAUUAUUCUUUAUGGGCUAAUGGUCAGACCUUUGUUGUUGGUGAUACCCUUGAGUUCAACUAUGCUUCUGGCUUGCACAAUGUGGACGAGGUGAGCUCAAGUGACUAUCAGAGCUGCUCGACAAACAACGUGAUAAACUCCGACAGCAGUGGCCACACCAGAGUUUUUCUCAGUUCUUCCGGCAGGCACCACUUCAUCUGCGGCGUCCCCGGCUACUGCAAUCAAGGCAUGAAACUUGCCGUCUCCGUCGAAGAUGCCACUAACACCCCUUCCACUUGGAACAGUUACUCACCUGCCGGAGUUCUUCCUCCGGCUGCCCUUCAUCACUUCUUCUUUGUAGCCUUUGCCAGCUGGUCUCUCAUCAAGCUUCUUGCUCAUGUCUUUUGAGCUUUAUGGUUUCAAAUAUUGUCUUGGACUCAAAGAGGAAGAUAAUGUUUAAUUGUUGUUAUAUUAUCACUCUUUCUUUAAGUUCUUAUGAUGGUGUGUUUUAGUUUGUUGUUGUUGUUGUUGUUGUUGUUGUUGUUGUUGUUGUUGGUGUGUGUAAUGACACUUCAAUGAAGUGUUGAUAAUAUGGUUGUUUCUCUAAUGUUUCACAGAGAAUAAAGGAUUAAAUAAUAUCUCUU